GAAGACGUCCCGAUAAGCCUUUGGAGCCUCAGGCACGUAUAGGCGAUGGGAUGGGAUGUGACGUCUGUGUAUAGGUUCUCUGUACUCAGGAACGAUCAGGAUUGCAUGGUGAAGAGAGGGUAAUCCAGCUUAUAAGAUAGAUAUAUUGACAGAUGUAUUUCUCCAGAUAUUGUACUACGCGCUGAUAUUUUGUGUAUGUUGCGCUUGAACAGGUCACCCAACAGCACAAGCACUCCGUCUGUCUUCUUAGGUAGCUUCCAGGUCCAACCCAAAAACUAUAAUCUGUCCCAGUUGAAGCGCAAGUGGCCUAUUCACAGUAGUAAUAGCUGGGCGGUAAGGGGGCGUGUGCUCUGCUGUCCAGUGUCCUCCAUGCCAGUGUGUGAAGCCAUGAGAGAUGACGGGGGACGGAAUGUUCUGACCGGAUCGCAAGAAUGUCCGCUUUGUAACUGUCCUCACUUGGUCUAAAGCAUUUGGGCCUCUAUUGGUGUCGAAUCGCAUUGUGACUUUAGCGUGUUAUCGGUGUCGCAGCCAGAUAUUCUUGAGCUUCCAACGACACUGAUAGCCGAGGGGGUCUUUGGAGCAACUCGGUUCGUCAUUCUUUCAUCUACUUUCGGAGCUUCAGACGGCGCCUCUCUCUUCCUUGCCUUCACGCCUUCACUUCAGCCGCGCCCUCUUUUUCUGUUCAUUAGAACCUCAUCCAAAUCACACCGCUCCAUCCUGUCUACUGCGAUGCAUUUUGCCUCUCACUGUUAACCCUGAUCUUCCAUCUGAGCAUCGGCCUGCUUUCCGCGCCGCAAUUAUGACGCGGGAUACUUAUCUCAAGCGUUCUCUCGGCUCCAUGGCCAGCCGCAUCAAGGAGGCUCGAGUGCUUCUCGUCGGCGCCGGCGGUAUCGGCUGCGAGCUGCUAAAGAACCUCCUCCUCACCGGAUUUGGCGAAAUACAUUUAAUCGACCUGGACACGAUAGAUCUAAGUAAUCUGAAUCGGCAGUUUCUUUUCAGACAUGAACACAUCAAGAAAUCAAAGGCCCUAGUUGCGAAAGAAGUUGCGCAAAGGUUUCAGCCGAGCGCGAAAAUUACGGCGUACCAUGCGAACAUCAAAGACAGCCAAUUCGACGUGGAUUGGUUUGCGGGCUUUACUGUCGUGUUCAAUGCGCUCGAUAAUCUUGAUGCUCGGCGUCAUGUCAAUAGGAUGUGCUUAGCCGCUGAUGUACCAUUGGUCGAAAGCGGAACAACGGGCUUCAACGGUCAAGUACAAGUUAUUAAAAAGAGCAAAACAGAGUGUUAUGAUUGCAACUCCAAAGAAGUUCCCAAGUCCUUCCCUGUGUGUACUAUACGAAGCACACCGAGUCAACCCAUCCAUUGUAUCGUCUGGGCUAAAAGCUAUCUUUUACCUGAGCUGUUUGGAACAGGGGAAACUGAUUCUGAGGAGUUUGACUACUCUGCGGAUGCUGAUAAUGCGAAGGAAAUCGCGGAACUACAAAAAGAGGCUCGAGACCUCCAGGAGAUUCGCAGCGCUAUGGGAUCUACCGAGUUUACACAAAAAGUCUUCGACAAGGUCUUCAAGGAUGACAUCAACCGGCUACGUGGAAUGGAAGAUAUGUGGAAGACCCGAAAACCCCCGGAGCCACUCGAUCUGCAGAAACUAGAGGAAGCGCUGGAGUCAAUUGAGCCCACGGUUUCUUCAAAUGACCAGGUUGUCUGGUCGCUUUCUCAGAACCUAGUUGUUUUCAAGGACAGCUUGGAUCGACUGAGCAAACGGCUCAAGACACUACAAGACUCGGCAGACGGCAAUUCUAGCCCGAUUUUAACAUUCGACAAAGAUGAUGUUGAUACGUUGGACUUUGUCACAGCGAGUGCCAACCUGCGCGCCACGAUCUUCGAUAUCGAGCGCAAGUCAAAGUUUGAGACCAAGCAAAUGGCGGGUAAUAUCAUUCCAGCAAUCGCAACUACGAACGCGAUGACGGCCGGGCUCUGUGUGCUACAGUCCCUAAAAGUACUAAGAGAUGAUUACGAGCAUGCCAAAAUGGUCUUCCUCGAACGCUCAGGAGCACGCGCCAUCAACUCCGACUCACUAAACCCACCGAACCCGAACUGUGCCAUUUGUUCCGUUACGCACAUUAAAAUCAAGGUUGACUUGGAGCGUGCCACACUGAAUGAUCUCGUCGAAGAUGUCCUGCGACAGAAAAUCGGUUAUGGUGAGGAGUUUUCUAUUAACACCGAUCAAGGGACUAUCUAUGACCCAGAUCUUGAAGACAAUAUUCCCAAAAAGCUAUCCGAUCUCGGCAUCAAGCCCUCAAGUUUCAUCACUGUUGUGGACGAAGAUGAUCAGCCGCGUGUGAACUUGCAGAUCGUUGUCGUUGUACCAGAGGACUCCGGUUCACAGGAGCAAUCCAUCGUCCUCGACGACGUGCCUGAGAUUCCGCGGAAACCAAAGGCACCCACUCCUGCCCCCGAAAUCGAGCAUACAAACGGCACCUCGAAUCUAGGCAAGCGCAAACGUGGUGAUGAUGAUGAUGAAGCCGACAUCCCGAUCAAUGGCGACCCCCCGACGAAGCGUGUGGCGAACGGGUCCACCGCAGAUGGAGAUAAAUCAAACCCCAUCAACUUGGACGAGAGUGUCGGAGGGGCAAUUCUGAUCGAUGAUGACUGA